AUGGAUUUAGAUGAUAAUGGUCGAUUGCAAAAUGUUCUAUUGGUGGAUACAAGAAGUAGGGCCGCAUUUAGGGAAUUCGGCGACGUUGUGACAUUCGACACAAUGUAUUUAACCAACAAAUAUGAUAUGCCGUUUGCUGCGUUUGUCGGUGUUAACCAUCAUGGCCAAUCCACAUUAUUAGGUUGUGGGUUAAUCUCCCACGAGGACACAAAAACUUUUGUUUGGCUUUUUGAAGCGUGGCUUGCUUGUAUGGGAAAUUCUACUCCUAAGGCAAUAAUCACAGACCAGGACAGGGCUAUGCAAAAUGCCGUCGAGAUUGUGUUUCCCGAUACAAGACAUAGAUGGUGUUUGUGGCAUAUUAUGAAGAAGUUGCCGGAAAAGUUAAAAGGUUAUAGGGAAUAUGAACAUAUAAAGUUUACUUUGCAAAAUGUUGUGUAUGAUUCGUUCACAUGUGAGGAGUUUGAAGAAUGGUGGAAUUCGUUCAUUGAAAAAUACAACCUACACGACAAUGAUUGGUUAUCUGGUUUGUAUAAUGAAAGAUAUCGUUGGGUGCCGGCAUUUGUGAAAGAACAAUAUGAGAAUGCAUUGCGUGAUAAAGUUGAAAAAGAAAAUGAGGCUGAUUUCAAAUCGAUCAAAUCAUCGAUCCCUUGUAUAAGCAUUUAUCCUAUGGAGAAACAAUUUCAAGAGGCAUACACUACUGCAAAAUUCAAAGAGUUUCAAAAAGAGCUUGCAGGUAAGCUCCAUUGUGAGAUAUAUUCUUUGAAGGAUAUGGAGUCCAAACUUGAAUAUGUUGUGAAGGAAGAUGUAAUGGUUGGAGAGACAUACCGUCGGGUUUCGUUUGUGAUUUGGUCUGAGAAUCGUUGUUCUGAGAUUCGUUGCAAUUGUCGAUUGUUUGAGUUUAAAGGGAUUUUAUGUCGACAUGCAAUUGCAGUGUUGAUACAUAAUGAAAUUUCUCUUAUCCCUGAACAGUACAUUUUAAAGCGUUGGAGGAAAAAUGUAUUCAGAUGCCACACGAAAGUUAGGGUAAGUUAUAAUAGUUUGAGCACUAGUGCUGAAGGUGAACGAUUUGACCAAUUGUCUAAUUCAUUUAGUGAGGUGGCGGACUUGGCAUCAACCAGUGUUGAUGAUUAA